AUGCUACGAUGGAUACCAUUAGCCCGCCGUCAUUGCAGAGUUCACGGCAGGCACUGCAGGCUGCAGGUCCACCGACCAACUCUUGCAGGCCUUCCUCUUGGCGUGCGCGCUGCGAGGACAAGUCGUUCCAGGGAAGCUGACACUCGCAGCGGCUUGGGUCGCCUGGCUCCUCCACGCAUGGAUGGCCUUGGCAGAGAACCCACCAUGGAGGAAGCAGAUGAGCAGGAGCCCCAAGAUCAAGACAUUUUCGAUGAAGAGGCGGCACUGCAAUUGCGACCUGCAGCACCAAUCUUCCACAAGCACGCGGAGGAGCCAAUGCCACUAGAUGCUAUGGAGAUAGAGGAGGAUGCAGACCCGCCCAGCAUCGACAUGCGAGGCCUCAAGCGCUUGCGGCCGACAGAGGAACGCUUGGCACGUGUACCCCUGGGGUGGCUGGAUCGCCUUGCAGAGGUGGCCAAAGCUGAGCAGUCGGGAGAGAGCCGAGAUGCCGACAAGGAUGAGAAACAGGGCAGACAAAGCAGGCGGAAGGGGCAGUUCGAGUUUAAUGAUGAGGAACCAAUCCGAGUACGAGUACUGGAUGUUGAUGCCAUAUCCUUGGAAGAGCUUCAUCGCGCCUUCAUGUACACGCUGGUGCGUCGUCGCCCUGCCGAGGUCUGUGUGAGGAUUGCCUCGAGACUGGCGCAGUUUCGAGACAAACCAGGGCAAACUGCGUACCAGAACUUGUUGCGCGAUACCACAAAAUUAUUUGGCUCCACUCACGGGCCUGAGCUGACAGCCCUUUUCACGCGCUGCCACGCCACCAUCUCGGUGCCUUUCAUGCUGGACUACACGCGUCAGUAUGGGAAUUUCUCCAGAGCUUUUCUGGCUGCACAGGUGGAGAAAAGCCUUAGACCAGGUUUCUUUGACUUCAUGCGCUAUGAAGGCCAAGGAGGCGUGCGGCCGCUGCCUUUGGUAAUCUCGAAACCCUGGUCACUUCAAGCCUACACUAGGCUCAUGAGCAAGAGCUAUUUGAAGAGCCGCCUUUACGAACAACUCAAACUGCAUGGACACGUUCCUGACCUGGAUGAAGACACGGACCCAGACACUUGGACUUCUCCCUCCACCCUAUGCUCUCGAAUUCUGGGUGCCAAUGUUUUGUCGGAUCAACUGAUUGCCAGGGCGGGCCUGGUACGUAGCUGCCUUUGUAGAUGA